AUCAAAAAAAAAAAAAAAAACCCAAUGUUAAUGAGCCCAAGGAGUUAAGGAAAGAGCAUUAUGGCUGUCUCUCCUUCUUGUGCUUCUGCUACUCUGCCACACAACCUUCAACCCUGCAAAAACUUCCUUCCUUCUCACACUGCACCCAUUGUUUUCCAUGCAAAAUACCUACUCUCAUCUCUAAAACCCAACACCACAACCACCAGCACCCACAUCAUAUUAAGCCCCAACAAGCUCUUUGACCUUGCUGAUUCUUGGAAAUGGAGGACCCAAGUUUCCUUCUUUACUGGUUUUUUGACAAAAGGUAAGAAUGCUGAAAGCCUCAAGGAGGAACUUUAUGCAGCAAUAGCCCCUUUUGAUAGAGGUGCUGAGGCUACCCCUGAGGACCAACAACUUGUAGAGCAGAUUGCUCGUAAACUUGAGGCAGUGAAUGAAGUAAAGGAGCCUCUCAAGUCUAAUUUGCUCAAUGGAAAAUGGGAACUUCUAUAUACAACAUCCCAAUCUGUUUUGCAAACACAGAGACCAAAAUAUUUAAGGCCAAAUGGGAAAAUCUACCAGGCGAUCAAUGCGGAUACUCUAAGGGCUCAAAAUAUGGAAACUUGGCCAUUCUUUAAUCAGGUCACGGCUAAUUUAGUCCCCUUAAACUCAAGAAGGGUGGCUGUUAAAUUUGAUUUCUUCAGAAUUGCUGGUCUGAUACCUAUUAAAUCACCUGGAAGUGGUCGUGGUCAGUUGGAAAUAACUUACUUGGAUGAGGAGUUAAGAAUAUCAAGAGGUGAUAAAGGUAAUUUGUUCAUUUUGAAAAUGGUGGAUCCAUCUUAUAGAGUUCCUCUUUGAUACAGCUUUUGCAAAAGAAUGAUUGUUGAGUCACCUCUGGAGAGAGGGAAUUGUAGGACUUAGAAGUUAGAGGUGUUGUGUUCAUUUAUAUAGACGUGUAGCUAAGCUUAGUAAAAGCUGCUCAUUCAGCAUGUGAGAAAAGUAGCCAAGGGACGUUGGAAUCCAUUCAAUUCAAGUGUUUGAUAACCCGGCUUCAUGUACAGGUCUCUAGUGUAUGCUGUAUUUAUUGUCAACAUCACCAAAAACAAAAAAAAAGAAGAAGGAAGAAUCAAAUGUAUACAGUAACAAAUAGUUGAAAGUUGAUACUGUUAAAAUUAUUGUAUUCCAAAUAUGGAAAAAAUAAUCAUAUUAUGGUAAAUACCAACCAACCUCUCUUGAGGUUUCAUA